ACUGACUGUGACUGCACGUAAAUGCACACACGACAUCGUUUUCUCUCAAAAAUUUAAGCCACAAAAUAAAAAAAUAAAAAAGGUCACAUUCAAUUCAACCGUUUCCCAGUGAAAAACCCCAACUUCCUUCCCUCACUUUCGUCAUCGUGGUGAGUCUUGUAUCUCGACGGCGUCCCAUCGGCGAUAGCUUAAAAGAGAGAUGAGAAUAUCUUUUUCAGCUCUCGGCAACUCGUUGCCGUUUUCAAGAAUCUUCAGGCAGGUUGAACAAGAAAUCGAAACAGUGGUAAAUGUACUGCAGCCAGGACCAUUGGGUAUAGUAGAACACAAAUUCUCUGCAGAGGAGAUACGUGACGCUAAUGCUACGGUUCAGAGAGCAGUCAUUACUUGGCGAAGAAAUGCUAAUCUUGAGCAUCAGAAUGAUAUUCUUAAAGAUUUUAUUCACAAUGGAGUAAUUUCUGCUGAUAGAGUGCAAGCCCAAGGUUUGUGGUGCGGUUCCGUGGGCUGGUUAAUGAUGGAUCGGUGUAAUCAUUCCCAUACUAAAUGGGAUUUUCUGAAUUUAUUGACUGCUAUAUGUGUGUUUCUCGCCAAAUACUUGUAUUAAUGGAUGAAAUUUCAACGAGUUGCUACAAGCAUGAAAAAGAAGAUGGGUGAACAUGCAUCACAGCUGGCUAAUCCUUCUGUUUGGGUGCACAACAGAUAAAUUCUCCAAAUAUUAUCAUUUCAGGGGAGAUUAGAAGAUGAGAAUCCAAGAGAAUGCUACUCAUCUGGCCCAGAAAAGACAACAUUUUGCUUAAAACUAAGGAUCAAAUAAUUCCCUGGACUAUGCACCUAUUUUAGGUGAAUUGUUUUCUUCUUUGCCUGUUCACGUGGUUAAUUGCUGUUUUUGUGCUUCAUGUGAGCAUUUUGAAGCAAAAUGUGAGCAACACGUGUUCAAAUGAUGUGAUUGCUAUUAUGCAUAUGGCCCCUAGCCAAGCAUUUUCUUUUUCUAUUUUCUCCAAAGAAUGAAGAAUCUGGAGUGUGAGUUUUGCUUUUAGCUUAAGAAGCAGUUGAUGAAAUCUUCAUCAGGUGUUUUUCUGCAGUGUUUCAUAAACAUUGAAUUUGCAUCUCACUAGGGUAGGUCAUUGCGUGAGACUUCCGUGGUUUGUCUUCCCCAGUAAUAUAUGUAAGCUGUUAAGCACUUAUUUCUGGGUGUCUUCGUCCUGUCUAGAAAUUUUGUGUAGUGCUCUUUUCUGUAACGUACUCAUGAACUCUUAGUUAAUGAUAGACAGGUAAUUCAGGGAUUAGACUUUUAUGAUGCU